UCCCUCCCUCCCUCCUGUCGUCACAGCUUUAUAAACACUCUGCUGGAGCCUUGGACCACCGACUUUCCCACGCGAUACAUGACAAACCUUUGCUGGACACACGGCACCUUCCUCUAACAAGAUGGCCACGGAGAGUUUGGAAAUGAACGGGAAUGCCGAUCGAAACGGAGAAGCCGAGGUGCCGCUGCGAGGCCGACUGAGGAGGGAAGAGGGACCCCUGAACAUGAACCACUACGCCAAUAAGAAGAGUGCGGCAGAGAGCAUGCUGGACGUGGCUCUGCUCAUGGCUAACGCCUCCCAGCUGAAGGCCGUGAUGGAGCAAGGAUCAGACUUCACCUUCUAUGUGCCCCUCAUUACUCUCAUCAGCAUCUCUCUCAUCCUACAAAUCUUAGUGGGCGUUAUGCUCAUCUUCAUAGUGAAGUGGAACCUGAACGAUCAGAGCAUGCACUACAAGCUGAACAUCAUGGAGAACAUGGCCACGGCCUUCGUCUUCAUUAUAGUUGUCGUCAACGUCUUCAUCACUGCGUUCGGUGUCCAGCGGCCCAACACAAGUUAAUCAUACUUGACUCUCCAUGCCUUCAGAUCAACUUGGUAUGAAUGGACCUCAGUAUUAUCCGUGCAAAUGGACAGGAUAUUUACUCACCAAAAUAAAUGGCAUACAGGUGCAGUCUGCAGCUCUGUCUCCCGGGCUUGAAGAGAUCAAACAUACCACAAGGAUCAAGUGACAUUCGUGUGUGUGUGUGUUGAUGGAGUUCCCUUUGUCCCUAACCACUUCCACGGACAUAUGUGUGGUUUUUAUUUCAAGUGGUUAUUCACCCCUUCAUUACCUCAUAUGCUCAGGUUACUGAUGCAAAUAAUCAAUUGCCUUUACUUAUGAAACAAACAUAUCAGGAGCAAAGAUACUGUGUGUGAGUCACAACCACUGUGAAUGCUUCCUGGACAAAAAAAAUCUAGAGUUAUUUGGAAGUUUAGAAAUUGUUGUUAGGAGCCUUAUCUAUGUGUUUGGUUUAGAUGAUUUGAAAAAACGUAGUCACCAAAGCAUAAUCCAAAUGAAAUCAUGAACAGGGAGUGCGACAGGAGCCAUCUUGGCUCUACCUCAGCUUGAGGCAUUACAUGACAGCUUCAUAAAGGGAGCAUAUAGACUGAUUAAAUGAACCUUACUUUUUUUUUUAUUUCUAUGCAAGGUUUUGUGCGUAAAGUUAAAAACAGAUUUCCAAGUUAAUGAUGGAAUAUUUGUUGAUUUAUGUAUAUAUUGUACUUUGUCACUUUUAAGUUUUAUAUUUUUUAUCACUAUUUCAAAAAGUAGUUUCUUAGCUUUUGCUAAAUGACCUUGUAUCACUGUAUCACACUCUAUGUACUAUUUCAAAUGAGCUUUAUAAAUAAAAUGAUACAAACAAAAA